AUGCAUGUCCUCUCGACACUUAUUCCCUGUCUGGGCCUGUUCGCCCAACUGAGCACUGCCGCAUACACAAUCCAGGACGACUACGGCGGCAAUGGAACCUUUUUCGACAAGUUUAAUUUUUAUACGGAUGCGGAUCCUACUAAUGGCUAUGUUACCUACGUCGAUCAGACUACCGCCGCUGCUGGCGGCUUGAUCGGCUCUUAUGAUACAGCCACUUACAUUGGUGUCGACAAAACGAACAUCGCGAGCGGUUCUGGCCGUAACAGCGUGCGCCUGACUAGCAUCAACUCCUACCAGCACGGUCUGGUCAUCUUAGACUUGUCUCACAUGCCUAGCAGUGCUUGUGGCACUUGGCCUGCUUUCUGGAUGCUUGGCCCAGAUUGGCCCACCACUGGCGAGAUCGAUAUUAUAGAAGGUGUCAACCAGGCUACAGUUAACCAGAUGACGCUCCAUACCAGCGACGGCUGCUCGAUCCAAAAUUCCGGUUUCACCGGCUCUCUCUACACCGAUAACUGCUAUGUGGAAGCAGCGGACCAGUCCGACAACAUUGGCUGCUCAAUCAUUGAGACCGAUACCCAAUCGUAUGGCGAUGGAUUCAACAACGUUGGCGGUGGUGUUUACGCCACUGAAUGGACCAGCGCUGGUAUCAGCAUCUAUUUCUUCCCUCGAUCUAGCAUUCCCGCCGAUAUCACAGCCGGCAGCCCUGAUCCCACAACCUGGGGUACCCCAGCUGCCAGUUUUGCUGGAGGCUGCGACAUUGACUCACACUUCGUGAACCUGCAGAUCGUUUUUGACCUUACCUUCUGCGGUGAUUGGGCCGGUGAUGCCUGGAGCUCCAGCUCCUGCGCCUCCUACGCUGACACCUGUGACAACUAUGUUCAGAACAAUCCUACCGCCUUUGCUGACUCCUACUGGGGCAUCAACUCGCUCAAGGUCUACCAGGACAACGGUUACGCCAAGCGCGGCGCUCCCCACCCCCACGCUCGGGCCCACGCCCGCGCCGGCGAGGUUCGCUCUCCCCUCCGUCGCCACUGGAGACAGGCAGCUGGACGCAACUAG